AGGAGAAGUGGGUAUAUAGAUUCAGUGGAGGUGAGGAGUUCAUUUAGCUCUCGCAUUGGAGGACUGUGGGCUGAAACUGGUGCACCAGUCUGACAUACAACAAUGCAUUCUACCAUCAUUCUUCUGGGUGUCUUGAUUGGCUUGCUGGCCCAGGCAUACACUCUUCCUCUUAAGAAUUCUACUGGAGUGCAUGAGGGGAAAGUGAGGUUGAAAAGGAAAUACUCAGAAGAAAUUUUCGAGCGUGAUGAAAUGAAUGCAAUGGAUCAAAUCCUGGCAGUCAAUAGCAGGUUGCGAGCCCCUCGAGGACUGUUAUUCAGAGAGGGAGAUAUUGCCAGCUCAUACAUACGGAGUGCCAUAACCUGCCCUGGCAACGCAUGUCUGUGGCCUAAAUCAGUUGAUGGAUUCGUUUAUGUUCCCUACAUGCUCUCUCCACUAUAUGACGACAUGGACAGAAUCACCAUAGAAACUGGGAUGCAAGACAUUGCCUCUGGAACAUGUAUUAAAUUUGUUCCACGCACCCAUGAAAUCAGCUUCCUUGAUAUUCAGCCUAGAUAUGGCUGCUGGUCAUUCUUGGGGCAGACUGGAGGAAGCCAGACCCUGUCACUGCAGACUCCAGGGUGCAUGUGGUCAGGAGUGGCUGCUCACGAGUUCAUGCACGCCCUCGGCUUUGUGCAUGAGCAGUCUCGCUCGGACCGAGACCACUAUGUAUCGAUCGUAUGGAAGAACAUCAUGCCAGAUCAUCUCCAUAACUUCAGGAAGCAGGUGACAAACAACCUCAAUAGUCCAUAUGACUACAGCUCUGUCAUGCAUUAUGGAAGAUAUGCCUUCUCUGAAGACGGUGGACCGACAAUAAUCCCCAAACCAGAUCCUUACAUUCCCAUUGGCCAGCGAGAUGGACCCAGUAAUCUAGAUCUUCAUAAAAUAAAUGUCCUAUACAACUGUGGUGCCAAUGAGUAACUGGAUCCAGGGUGUUAUAUUCUGUUAUUCUGUCAUAGCCUGUUGUCAGAUGUGGAAAUGGUUCAUUGUAACUCUGGUGUUAAGUAGAUAAAAUGGGCAGCAUUAUUGUAUGGCAAUUUUAUUUUCUAUGUUAGUAUUUUAAAUCAAUUAUCACAAAUUCUAGCCUGUACUAAGAUUGUCUGCAGUUGGCUCAGUCUACUAAUCUAGGAUAAAAAUAAGGCGAAAUAAGUAGUAAGAAUUAAAAGCUGCUUUUCUCUAAUGUAGCUAAAAUCAGUGCUGUGACAGUUUUGAUGUGCCUGCUGCUGCCAAUUCAAAUAUCUGA